AUGAGGACGAGGUUGAGGUCGUGUCGAGGUCAUGAUCCAGUUUCGGUAGAAUAUGAUAUCCCCAGUGUCAGUCAAAGUAGAAGCCAAAGCCAAAAACGAGUUGAAGGUGAUGAUAUGCCUGACAUUGCUGUGGAGGACGCCUCUUUACCCGAUUCUCCUACUGUCCAGGAAGAGUACCUUACUCAUGCUUUUCCAGGUGGACCGACUGAUCCAUCAAUAUUGCGGAGUUUCAAUAGUCAUGUGGCUGCAGCUAUUUGGCGCGGGGAGGAACGAGGGCCCCUAAAGUGUCAUAAUCACUCUUCCAAGAUCCUUGCAUGGCCAUGGUGGCCAGUAGAAAACAACACCAGAUUCAAAGCCAUUACUGAGCAGUCUGGGCUGUCACAGUUAGCCCGUUGCACUUAUUGGUUCGUCAACAAGUUUUUAAUCUCCAGUUUUGUUGAGAGAUGGCAACCUGAGACGAACACAUUUCACAUGAUAGUUGGUGAGAUGACCUUGACCCUGGAUGAUGUUGGCACUAUUCUUGGCCUUCCCAUUGUAGGCAAAUCAGUUAGCGUACCAGAUGUGACAGAUCAUCAUGGAGUUACAUUACUCGUUUAUGGCUUGGGGAUUACUGAACGUGUAGCACAUGAAGAGGUUUCUUCUGCUGGUGGCAAUUUAGUCAGGCUUGAGUGGUUGCAAAGUCAGUUUGCUGGUGUCACAGAUUCAGACCCCGAGGAGGCCAUACAAUGCGCUGCUAGAGCUUAUUUGUUAUUUCUGUUGGGAUGUACACUCUUCAGUGACAAGAGUGGCGGCAGGGUUCCUGUUGUUUACCUAGUAGGAUGUGCCCAAAACAAGUCUGUCACAGUCACCGUGGACUCUUCAGACCAAUGGCGCUCAAUGUAA